CGCUUCUAUGUUCUCAAAUCUCUUAGCCCGAAACACUCAACCCAAACCUUAGUUGCUCUGGGACACGCACCAUUGAAGAAGAGGGUAUUCAUGGCGAAUAGGCGAUGCGUCAGUACUCUCACUCGCCAUUGCCAGUCCCUAUUAUCCUCGAACGCCUCCCUUCAUGGCCUCAGGACUUUACCUCAUCUUCAUAUACUUACUGCAUUUGAACUUCUCUCGAUUGAAGGUCCCAUCUCACAGUCCCACAACAUCUGUCGUGACUUCGAGUCAAUUGUUUCAAUUCAACCCAGAUUUCUUCGUCAUUUUUCAUCCGGACGGAGAACUGAUGGUGAAGACGACAAGGAUCAUGACGAAGGUGAAGUAGAUGAGGAUGAGGAUGAGGAUGAAGAUGAGGAUGGAGAAGAAGACGUGGGAGAAAGUAGUGAUGGAGAAGGGGAAGAAGGAAAUGUUCGGGUGUCAAAUUGCGCUGUGAGCAGAUCCUAUUCAUUGGAGGAGAAAGAGGCGGAAGCGGCCGCGAUUGGGUACAAGGUGACUGGCCCUUUCGAUCCUAUAGAACUACGCUUUAAGGCGAGGGAGCCGGUUUUUGCUGUUGUUCAGAUUGGUUCUCAUCAGUUUAAAGUGAGCAAUGGGGAUACCAUUUACACCGAGAGAUUAAAAUUUUGCGAGGUCAAUGACAAGUUGAUUCUGAACAGGGUUCUCAUGCUUGGAUCAAGGACCGAAACCAUCAUUGGCAGGCCUACGUUGCCAGAGGCAGCUGUUCAUGCAGUUGUUGAGGAGCAUGCAUUGGAUGCCAAGGUGAUCAUAUUUAAGAAAAAGAGAAGGAAGAAUUAUCGUCGGACCAAGGGGCACCGCCAGGAAUUGACGAGGCUGAGAAUUACUAACAUUGAGGGAGUUGAGAAGCCAGAAAAGGUGAAAGUUGAGAAGCCAGAAAAGGCAGAAGUUAAGAAGCCAGAAAAGGAAGCAGUUGUUGCAUAAGUGGACCUCUUCAUCUUUGAUUAGCUAGACGCCAUGUGAUUUUCUUUAUUUCUGUGGAGUUCUGAAUUAGUGAGCAGCAACAUCCUUUCCAUCCUAAAAGUUGCAUGAAGAAGUGGAAAUUGGCAGGCAAAGGACAUACCAUUAAACAGGCAUCUUAGGAAGAUUGUUGCUGUAGGAAUUAUAAACCAUUUGGAAUGUAUUUUAAUUCUUUUAAUUUUCAUGAACAUUGAGUAUUGUAGAAAGACAAUUUUUUUUUGGUGAGUGAAAAAGAUCAAUGAGCGAAACCAUUUUUUAUUA